CCUUUAUUCCUAUCAAUUCCUAUGUCCACGUCCUGCAUAUUAUAUAUGUACUGUUACAUAUUUCGAAAGAAAUCAAAUUGCGUCUAGCAUUUGUGUUUUGUUGAAAUAAAAUAUAAGAAUUCGCAUGAUCUUAUUAUUUUCACGAAUGGCGGUUAAAAAAGAACAUCGGUGCACACGUGCACCGCUAAGAAAGUCGGAGCAACAAAUAUUUAAGAAUAAGGAACAACAUACACAUAUGACUACGGAAGACAAGAAGAAUAAGAAAGCAAUCAUUAUUGCUCAGGAAAUAAAAUUUGCUCGUUUGUUGUCAAGUAAUGAUAAAAGAGUCCGAGAUAAAAUACUUAAAAAUUUAAGGAAAUGGUUAACAGUUCGUUCGAAAAGUACAUUUGCAUUUACAGAGGCUGAUUUCACACGAUUGUGGAAAGGUUUAUUUUAUUGUAUGUGGAUGUCAGAUAAACCUUUAAUUCAGGAAGAACUAGCAGAAUCUCUUAGUAAAAUUUCCCAUUGUUUCAAUAUUAAAGAUGUGGUAUUACUGUAUACAAUGUGUGCUCUAAAAACAUUAGGUAUAGAAUGGUUUGGUAUAGAUCAAUACAGAUUAGACAAAUUUUCUAUGUUAGUAAGAAGAAUAAUUCGCCAAACGUUUGUUAAAUGUAAAGAAAGAUCGUGGGAUAUAGAAUGGAUUAAAGGUUUUGCUGAAAUACUUCAAAAACUUUUUAUAGAUCCAAAAAUAUGUCUUGGUUUUAAGAUGCAUGUGACAGAAGUAUUUCUCGAAGAAUUAUCAAAGAUCAGUGGCGGCGAUAUACCAGAAGAUGCAGUCACAGAAUUUCUUAAACCAUUUAUUACAUAUUUCAUAAUUAUGGAUGAUGAACAGCAAAUCAAACAUGUUAUGAGAUAUGUUUUUAAAUAUUUAAUCUACCAGUCAGAUAUUGGAAUGGAUUACAUGGAAAAAUUUAAAGCUUGGAGAGACGCUGGCUUCCCUGCUGGUUCAAUUGACGCUAUGGCAAAAAUUGAUAUAUCAGAUGAAGAACUGGAAGAUAGAGAUAUUUAUAAUAAAACAGAAGAACUUCCUGAAAGUCGAGUCAAAAGUACUACGGAGAAAACUUUAGACGCAAGAGCUGGAAGGGUAGAUGUUGAAUUACCACAGAUAUCUUUUAAUGCUAAAAAGAUUGUUACACUAUUAAGUCAAUAUAAAUAUCAUCCUUCAUCGACAACGAAGUCACGCAGAUAUCUAAAUUGUGUCAUUAAAGAAUUUAUGGAACUGUCAGAGGGAAGAAUGCCCCUUGGUAUUAAGGAGAUAAGAAUUCCAUACAAACGCAAGAAAGAUACGGAUACGAAAUCAGCUGCAAUGAGUCUUCUGAACUUCGAAAACGAUUUAUAUUCUGAUACAGUGCGCAAGAAACAGAAAAGAAAUAAGCGAUUAAUGGAAGAUGAAAAUAUUAUACAUAGUAACAAAGAUUCAGAAGAUAUUAACGAUGAGAAUGACUUAAUAAAAGGAGAUACUACUGAUGAUACAAAGAAAAAAAAGAAGUAUGAAAAAGAAUGUACUUACAAUGAAACACCAAGUGAUUCACAAGUAUCAAAUACAAAAACCGUUAUAUCACAGAAAAAAAAGGGUGAACCAAAAAAACAAACUUCUGAUAAUUGUAAGAUAAGUACAAAAACCAAUAAUUGUAAAGCAAAAAAAGAUCCACUGCAUAUUAUUAAGAGUAAUAAUGGAUGUGAAAAGAUGAAACUAAAACAAAAUAAAUCUGUUAUUGCAAAUAUGUUAAGUAUUGUUACACCAGUUAAAAGGAAAAGAACAAAACUUACAGUUUGUAACAAGUGGGAUAUUUCAGACAAUAUAUCUUCAUCUACGCUUAAAACCUUAGACGAUAACACUACAGAAUCAUGUACAAAAAGUGUUAAAAAAUCAAGUGUAAAUGAUAGUCUUCAAAACAGAACCAACUGUAAUGAACCAGCAACAUGGAUAUUACCCAUAGUAAAGAAGGUUAAAAAUGAAAAAAGUAGAACAAUUCGUAACACCACUGGGCAACUCAAAGUUCAUAGUGUUUCAAAUUUUAAGAAGCGAGUGAAAAUAGCUCUUCAACGUAACACUGCUCAACAUACAUCUGAAUAUAUACUGCAAGUCCAAAAAAGUCCAUCAAUUCCAUUCGAUGCAAACAAAAAGCCAUUAGUAGGAGUACUAAAAGCAAAUCCUAUACCGAGUCCCAUAAAUCCAUUUUAUAAAAAAAUAUGUUAG